AGACCGGAAUCUGAAUAUCUGGGAAUAUUGUCCCGUCUCUGACAAAUGGGCUAACUUUGAAACCUGUGGGUUGCACAUCCGCAAGCAGCAAAUGCUCUCAGUGGAAGAGACCAUCUACAUAGUCGGCGGCUGCAGCCAUGACUUGGAUUGCAAUAAAAGAUCCAGUCAGAAUGAGGAUAUGCUAACUGUGCAGUCUUACAACGUGGUUACCAAACAGUGGCUCUACCUCAAAGAAAACACCUCAAAAUCGGGUCUUAACCUGACUUGCACUUUGCACAACGAUGGGAUUUACAUCCUGAGCAGAGACAUCAUCUUGUCCACACGUUUGGAGCACCGGGUUCUUCUAAAAUAUAAUAUAUUUUCAGACCGGUGGGAGUCGCUGAGAAAUUUCCCCACCCCUGGACAGAACAUGUUGAUCUGCUCCUUGUAUUUUCCAGAUCUGAUCUGAAUUCCAAUUCGUUCACAUUACAGAGAUUUCUUCCAUCUGUUCACCAGUUAUUAUUUUUUGCACAGUGGCUCCCAACUUCGGCCACUUUAAGAUGCAUAAACUUCAACUCCCAGAAUUCCCCAGCCCAGUCCACAUGUCUUAAAAGUAUCCAAGGCUGGGAAACUCUAAUUGGACUGAAUGUUUAAGACACGAUGCUCAAAAUGUUACUAUUGCAAUUGAUAACGUGGGAGGAGACAAAGGAUAAAUG